AUGGCCUCUGCUAACAUUGACCCAGACGGAGCUGCCGCCCCUAGGCCGCCCUCCGGAACACCGAGCGGUGCGACUUCGCCCGCUCCUGCCUCGCUUUCUGGAUCUUCAUUGUCGGAGAUGAAGACUCGUCCGCCUGGCCCAACCCCCCCGCCCGUGCCUGGUGCUCGCUGUUUGCCCUUGCGCCCUCCACCGGCCCCUCCGUUUGACGACAAGUGCGAGUAUGCUUCGGACGACGUUCUCCUUUUCUGGAAACCUCCAUCCGUUUUCUCGCAAUGGACUCCCUCGGCUUUUGACGUACUGGGGGUACGUUAUUCAUGUGGUGAGCAAUUUAUGAUGUCUGAAAAAGCGAAGCUGUUUGGAGAUAUGGCAUCGUAUGACAAAAUUAUGACGGCAACUGAUCCUAAGACAUACAAGUACUUGGGUCGUAAAGUGCGUCCUUUCGACUAUGCUGAAUGGGAGCGUCGUCGUGAAGAGAUCGUGCUUACAGGGUCAUAUGCUAAAUUUGCUCAAAACCCAGCCAUGAAACAACAUUUGAUGGCGACGGGUACCCGUUUCCUUGCAGAAGCUAGCCCCUUCGAUCCUGUUUGGGGUAUCGGCAUGGCUGCAACAUCUCCAGAGGCUAGUGAUUCUUCUAAUUGGCCGAAUAGUGGUCGCAACUUGUUGGGAAAAGUGUUGAUGGAAGUUCGACGCUUGUUGCGUGAUCGGCCAUUGUCUGGCGAAGAUUUCCCUGCCUCUCCUUUCCCCGAGCCCUCCUUUUCGCAGCCGUUGUCCCCUGGUCAACAACGCAUCCACGAGGUGGGUUCUCCUGGUGCGGCACCACCUUCAGAGGGCCGGGGUGAAGAUCCUGCUGGCCUUCGUUUGGACGCUCCGGGGGACCAUGCUCCGGGCGUUCACUUGGUGGCCGCUACCUCUGUUUGCCAAGACCACCCUCCUCUUCUGGAACACGGACCGGAUUUGGUGGGCGGCACGCUUCUGCUGGAUUCGGCUUCGUACACCACCCGGGUCCUGUUGCAUGGAGGGCCUACAGCCACUUCUCAACUGCCGCGAGUGGCGCUGCUGGACUCUGGAUCCCCCGCGUCCUUCGUGUCUGACUCUGUCGUUACCGCUAUGAUUGAUGCAGGAGCUUUGACUUCGGGGAGUGUCCGUGUUUCGCCCUCUCGUCGUUGGGGUGGGUUUGGUGAUGGACCCGCCCUCGUGACCACCAAAUCGGUUCGGUUAACAGUCAACUUCCUUCACGGGGAUCGUGCUACGGCUUCUCUGGCGGUUUGGGCCUGCGUUGUUCCAGAUGCCGCCAUGGGGCACGCCGUACUCCUGGGUCGGGAUAGCUGGAUGCGGUUCAACUCUCGCACCUUCACCACCCUCCCUCGCCCUGGACCGGAUGGCCGUGUUAUGGGCGAACUCACUCUUUCUCCGCGUUUUACAGCUGGCGCCUGCGUCUACGCAACACACGACGACGCCCCUGCGUCCUCUUUUCACCUCAAAUAUGAAGGGACUUCGGGAAUUUCCUUGGGGCCGGAGCCUGCACUUGUUGAGGUGAACCUCGUCCGCUCUUCUGGCCUGCCGGCGUUGAUUGGCGAGUACCUCGUAUCGUUUCGACCAGAGGUAGGAACGCUUUCGUCCCCCGAUGCUUUCGUUUCCCAUGGACUCCAAAAAAUUCCCCUUGCAGGUUGUGCUGAAUUGGAGCCGGGAGACGUUAUUGGAGUGUCUGCAGCGCCGCUGUUGCGCGUCCCGGUGGAAGCUCUAAAGGCGGCAUCAUCGCCUUCGCCUGCACCCGAUUCUCCGGCCCCCACAUCACCACCUAGGGUCAACAUCGUUGAUCCUGCGUCCGAGGCCCAAAGCCCUCCGGAUCCAGCCUCUGCCCCGCCUCCUCCGAAGCCGCCUCCCCAAGAACUGAUGGACCGCUUCUCCGAGGCUCAGCGCUCCAGCUUCUCGCGUUUGUGGGCUAGGCUGCCGGCACACAUGCACGACAUCGCCUUCGAUUUGCACAAUCCGGGAUGGACACCGGAAGCUAUAGAUCGCUUGGCGGACGCUCUGUUCGAGUAUUCUGACGUGUUCUCAACAUCGAAAACCGAUUUUGGUUCUUGCAACAUCAUGCCGUUCACCCUUUCUGUCCCUGCUGGGACAAAGCCAGUUGCGUCUCGCCCGUAUCGCAUCAAUCCCCUCAUGCAGAAGAAAGUGGACGCAGUUUUGGACCAAUACUUGGCGGCAGGGCUAAUUCAGCAUUCUACCUCUCCAUGGGCCUCUCCUUUGGUCGUCAUCCCCAAAAAGGACGGAUCGGUCCGUAUUACCGUCAACUACAAGCGUCUUAAUGCUCUGGUGGACCUGGACGGACAACCUCUCCCUCGUGUGGACGGUAUCUUGGAUUCGCUGUACACCGGGAAAGUGUUCUCCAUCUUCGACCUCAACUCGGCUUUUCACCAGAUCGUUUGUGAUGACGAAACCGUCCCUCUCACCGCCUUUUGUACUCCCACACAGCUGUUCGAAUGGCUUCGUAUGCCGCAGGGCGCCAACGCCAGCCCGUCCUGGUUUGUCAAAGUCAUCAACCGCGUUGUACAUGGCUUGGACCGAGUGUUGGCGUAUCUGGACGAUGUCAUCUGUUUCGAUGAGGAGCCUCUGGGACACGUGCUCAACAUGAUCGAGUUCUUCAAACGAUUGCGCCAGUACAACCUCAAGCUGACUCCUGGGAAAGCUCGUGUUGGUGCCACUCACGCCAACUUCCUCGGACACACCAUCUCCCCGGCUGGCGUUAGCCCGGACGGCGUCAAGGUUCGAGCGCUCACGCACAUGCCACCGCCGACGAAUGUCAAACAGCUUCGGAGCCUUCUCGGUGGACUCAGCUACUACAGGAAGUUUUUCAAGAACCUCGCCACCAAGGUACGGCCCCUCAACGCCCUUCUCAAACAAGGUGUCCUCUUCAAGUACACCCCGAGCAUGAUCAAAGUUGUCAAGACGUUGUUGAGCGAACUCACGCGCCCUCCGAUUCUAGUUUUUCCUGAUUGGGCGGCGGUCGAAGACAACAGCCGUCCUCUCCGGUUAUGCUCUGACGCGUGUAUCGAUGGCUUCGGCGCCUCUUUAGAACAAGAACAGCUGGAUGGCUCCGUGCGCCCCAUCGUAUACAUCAGCCGUGCUACCCUCCCUGCGGAGCGCAACUGGACCGUUUUGGAUCUGGAGGCUGGUGGGAUUGUUUGGGCAAUCAAACGCCUUCGCGGCUAUCUGUGGUCGACCAAGUUCGUCAUCUACUCGGACCACAAAGCCUUAGAGAGCAUCGGCAAGGUGGGGGAACACAACGCACGGGUUCAACGAUGGCUCGAGUUUCUGUCCAACUUCACGUAUACGCUGAAGUAUCGGAAAGGUUCAGCGAAUGGUAACGCCGAUUUUCUUUCGCGGAUGCCUUUGCCGGCACAAGACACGGACAAGACUGGCCAGGAUUGCAUUGAUGGUGUUGACCACGCGGGUGUGUUUCUCAUUCGAGCUUGCGGGCUUCACUACCACUCGUCCUCCACGCCGGACGUCGGUUUGGGUGGGCUCACCCCUCCUUGCUCUGCCGGAGUCUUCUCGCCCCCACCACUACAGCCUUCCGACUUUGGAGACUUCCGUCGACACGCCCCACGGAUGAUGGACGUCUCACCACCUUCGUCGUCUACUUGCACGGAUCAUCAGCGACCUUCGGGAGUCUUCGCAGUUUCCGGACUUGCCGGCUCUGCCCCGCGGCUGCCCUCUGUCGCAUCUCGUUUGGUGCCCUCUGUUGCAUCCUCAGCGAACAAAUAUGUGCACGUCUUGUCCUCGCUUCCGGAGCGUGGACCACUCAUCUCCUCACGGACUCGGGCCAAGACUACCACUGCUUCCGGUGGUACCGUCACCGACCCAGCUUACUUCGGACGUCAACCGCGGGCUACCAUCGUUCCUCGAACGCCGUCGCCUGUCCGUCGCUCUAACAGGUUUCGUACAAAAACCAAGACCACCCGGGUCACCGCGCAUUCGCCGCGUCCAUCCGCGACGCUCGCGUCGGCAUCUUCGUCGACUGUUUCCGCGCCACCGGCACCUUCGUCAUCAUCACCGUCUUCAGCGUGCUCUGUUUCGCCGGUUUCGCCUUCUUCACAGGUGUCACCCACGUUUUCGUCUCCCGCGGCGCCGUCGUCGCGCGUGGAGGUUGCGGCUGCUUCUGCAGCCGGCACAUCAUCUUCUGCCGCUCCUUCCGCCGGAUCGCCUGAUUCUCUUUUGGAAUCAAUCGCCUUAGACACUGCUCAUCUGCGGGACUGCGUCCAGAGUUUUAGAGCUGUGGAUUGGGCUCGGGAACAGCAACAAGAAAGCGAAUGUGUGGCGGCCAUGCGUUUUCUUUCCCGUGGCUCUCUCUCCCCACCUCCCCCUGAUUUGCUGACCCUCGAUGCCCCGUUUCAUUCUCCCCGAUUAGACGACGUGUUGGCGCUGGCGGCGAAGACCAGGUUGCACACGACCGACGACAACGUCACUCUUCUCGUGCACAAAUCAGCGCCGUCGCCGGUUGGACGCUCUGGGGGUAGGACCACUCGCUUGCCGAAUACUGGAGUCCCUCGUGUAUACGUGCCGAUGCUCAUGCGUCCGUGGGUUUUGCGUGCUUGCCAUACCCACGCGUUCUUCCAUUUGGGUGUUCACCGUACACAGCGGCUGCUCGAACGUUUUUACUGGUGGAUUGGUGUGGAUCGCUCCGUGCGCUGGUGGCUCCGAUCGUGUCUGGUGUGUCAAGCCCGCAAGACUUCACGCCAAACUGCUCGGUGGCCCAUCAUCGCUAUGCCGCUGCCGCAAGGGCCUGGAACUGUCGUCGGCGUCGACUUCUUUGGGCCUCUGCCAUUGACUGCCAAGGGCAACUCUUACAUCUUGCUGUUCACCGACCGCUCCAGCCGGAGAGCCGACAUGUUCGCUGUCACAGCCGCUGAAUUUACGGCCAAGGGAACGGCCAACAUCUUCGUCAACCAGUACAUGACCAAGUGGGGAUGCCCGACUACGCUGUUGUCGGACAA